AUGAAUACAAUGCAAUUAUUAUUUGAUGAAUGGAGUAGUCCAGUUGUACCAAUAGAAAAAUGGGAAAUGAAAUAUCCUAAUGGAUGGGAACAACAAAGUCUUAUUUUUGCUAAAACAAUUGAAGAUGGUUAUUGUAUUGAAAUAGGUAAAGGAGCAUGUACACAAAAUACAGACCUUAAAGAAUAUCAUAUAGUUGAUAUUACAUCUGAUUUCCAAUUCUUUGAAAGAUAUAUUAGUGGAAAUCCUGCUGCUGAACAUUAUAUAUUAACUGAAGAACCUACUGCAAUGAGUAUUAUACCAGGAAAUAAUGGAGGAUUUAGAAGAGCAAUUGUAAUGAGUAAGAAAGGUAAUAUACGAUGUUUAAUACCAAAUGAAUUGAUUAGAAUAAAAGAAUUUCAACCAGCAUUUCCAGAUUUAACACGAGGAGAAUUUUAUAAAGUCACUGAUAAAAUGAAAUUUGAGAACGAGAUUGUUAGGUUUGAACGAAUGUCAGCUAUCACACAUUAUAAAUUCGGAGUAUUAUAUUGUAAAGCACAUCAAACAGAUGAAGAUGAAAUGUUUGGAAAUACAGAUGGUUGUCCUGCUUUUUAUAAAUUCUUAGAUUUACUUGGAACAAAAAUUGAAUUACAAGGAUUUGAUAAAUACCGAGGAGGUUUAGAUGUCAAAAGUGGAUCAACAGGAACUUGGAGUUACUUUACACAACAUUUAUGUUAUGAAAUUAUGUUUCAUGUAUCUACUUUAUUACCAGAACAACCUGGAGAUCUUCAACGUGUAGAAAAGAAAAGACAUAUUGGAAAUGAUGUUGUUGUUAUUGUAUUUAAAGAACAAAGUAAUGAUUGGAAAGACCAAUUUGAUCCUAAAUGGCUAACUUCACAAUUUAAUCAUAUAUUUAUUAUUGUACAACCAGAUAUUAAUACAGAAAAUAACAAUGGUUAUUCUAUUACAGUUGGAUGUAAAGACUCUGUUAAUCCAUUCCCUCCUUUUAUGAAAACAAACCAUUUUAAUCACGAACCAUCUACUAGAGAAUUCAUAUUAACAAAAGCUGUUAACGGUGAGAGAAUGGCAAUGUUUUCUACAGCCUUUAAAGGAAAUGCAAUUAAAACUAGAAGAGAGCAUUUGCGAAUGCUUUUUUCUCAAUUAAAAUAA